UGCGCAUGCGCCGCGCUCGCGAGAAACGAUGGCGGGCGCCGCGCCGGGCGCCAUCAUGGAGGAGGAUUACUUCGGGAGCGCGGCCGAGUGGGGCGACGAGGCGGACGGCGGCCAGCAGGAGGAUGAUUAUGGAGAGGGAGAAGAUGACGCCGAGGUCCAGCAGGAGUGCCUGCAUAAAUUCUCCACCCGCGAUUACAUAAUGGAGCCCUCCAUCUUUAACACCCUGAAGAGGUACUUUCAGGCAGGAGGGUCUCCAGAGAAUGUAAUCCAGCUCUUAUCAGAGAACUACACUGCCGUGGCCCAGACCGUCAACCUGCUGGCCGAGUGGCUCAUUCAGACAGGUGUUGAACCAGUGCAGGUUCAGGAAACUGUGGAAAAUCACUUGAAGAGUUUAUUGAUCAAACAUUUUGACCCCCGCAAAGCAGAUUCUAUCUUCACUGAAGAAGGAGAGACCCCCGCUUGGCUUGAACAGAUGAUUGCACACACCACGUGGAGAGACCUUUUUUACAAACUGGCUGAAGCCCACCCAGACUGUUUGAUGCUUAACUUCACUGUUAAGCUUAUUUCCGAUGCAGGGUACCAAGGGGAGAUCACCAGCGUGUCCACAGCCUGCCAGCAGCUGGAAGUGUUUUCUAGAGUGCUUCGUACUUCUCUAGCUACGAUUUUGGACGGAGGAGAAGAAAACCUCGAAAAAAAUCUCCCUGAGUUUGCUAAGAUGGUGUGCCACGGGGAGCACACGUACCUGUUCGCCCAGGCCCUGAUGUCCGUGCUGGCCCAGGAGGAGCAGGGGGGCUCAGCCGUGCGCAGGAUCGCACAGGAGGUCCAGCGCUUCGCCCAGGAGAGGGGCCAUGACGCCAGUCAGAUCACGCUGGCCCUGGGCACAGCUGCCUCCUACCCACGGGCGUGUCAGGCCCUUGGGGCUAUGUUGUCCAAGGGAGCCCUGAAUCCAGCCGACAUCACCGUUCUGUUCAAGAUGUUUACAAGCAUGGACCCGCCUCCUGUUGAGCUGAUCCGGGUGCCGGCCUUCCUGGACCUGUUCAUGCAAUCCCUCUUCAAGCCGGGGGCCAGGAUCAACCAGGACCAUAAGCACAAGUACAUCCACAUCCUUGCAUACGCCGCGAGUGUGGUGGAGACCUGGAAGAAGAACAAGCGAGUCAGCAUCAAUAAAGACGAGCUGAAGUCCACAUCGAAAGCUGUUGAAACUGUUCACAAUCUCUGUUGCAAUGAGAACAAAGGGGCGUCUGAGCUCGUGGCCGAGCUGAGCACCCUCUAUCAGUGCAUCAGGUUUCCAGUGGUGGCCAUGGGUGUGCUGAAGUGGGUUGACUGGACUGUGUCAGAGCCGAGGUACUUCCAGCUGCAGACAGACCACACCCCGGUGCACCUGGCGCUGCUGGACGAGAUCAGCACCUGCCACCAGCUCCUGCACCCCCAGGUGCUGCAGCUGCUGGUGAAGCUCUUCGAGACGGAGCACUCCCAGCUGGACGUGAUGGAGCAGGUGAGCUGCGGCCCGUGGGCUGGGCUGGGCUGGGCUGGGCUGGGCUGGGCUCUGUGGCGGGGAGGAGGCCCCUUACUCAGGCCUGUCGCCCUGCCUGUGCAGCUCGAGUUGAAGAAGACCCUCUUGGACAGGAUGGUGCACCUGCUGAGCCGGGGCUACGUGCUCCCCGUGGUCGGUUACAUCCGCAAGUGUCUGGAGAAGUUGGACACCGACAUUUCCCUCAUUCGGCACUUUGUGACCGAGGUGCUGGACGUCAUCGCGCCCCCCUACACCUCUGACUUCGUGCAGCUUUUCCUCCCCAUCCUGGAAAACGACAGCAUCGCCGGCACCAUCAAAACAGAAGGGGAGCACGACCCUGUGACGGAGUUCAUAGCUCACUGCAAGUCCAACUUCAUCCUGAUGAACUGAGUCAGAGCGUCCUCCAGAGCUGGUGCAGAACAUUCCAGGGGACCUGGUGUGGAAACAGCCUUCCCAGCAGCUGUUGUGGAAGAGGCCCAGUCUGUGUCCUGGAAAUGGGCUCUGGUGAGAGGAGGUGGAGGACUUUUCUAAAAGGGAAGACAUUAGCCACGUAACUGCUGCUAGGAAUGGUCCCCUCUCCUGGUACACCCAGGGCUGCCCCUGAGGCCUGUUGGCAGUAUUCAUUUCCCCCAGUAGCGGAACCAGGUUCCCGUUACCCCUUGGGACGUAGCCAGCUGUCAGCCCCCGGGGGUGGUGCAAAUUCAGAAACUGAGACACUUAGAUGAACUAUGUUCAAAGUUGACUUAAGUUUUCUCACAAGACCUGAUAGGUUAGUUUGUGUUGUUGUGAUUUAACUUUCCAAGAACAAAUGUAAGCCUUUCGAGGGUUGGAAUGUGGAUCCCAGCGUGACGCUGUCCUCAUGUGUAGAUAAAGCACUCGGACUCGGC